CGCAAAGUGACAAGACCUCUCUAUUCUGCGCUAUAACAUUCACAACAGAAGCCCAAACAAUAACGGGAAUAAGACGAGGGAAAGAAGACAAGUUCUGCUACCGUUAACACAAGGACUGCCACUGGAUCACUUGACACCGGCACAUGUUCGGCUUUGCUUUUGAUGAUAAUCAUAUGCGCAAAAACCGUACAAAGUGGAGGUUGCGAUUGGAAGUCUAGGAAACUUUUUUUUGCUUUAUAAAUCUCCGUUUUAUUGUGGAUUUUAAACAACGAAAUACACGGUGGAUUUCCCCAUCAGUUUUGGUUCUUUUUUAUUUUAUAUUAUUGCUAGCCUAUUUAUAUUCAUCUAUUUUCUGAGGGACAAGGGAACGUUCAACGACGCAAUUUUAGUGGAUUUUACGCAGGUGCUUCGGUAGGCUACUGAAGGGCAGAAUGGAAUUGUUACUUUGACCCACGAUAUCACAAAGUUCAUUCAUAUUCAACAGCUUCGCUUCUCCAAUUGUUUUGAGAGCCAAAAAAGAAACCAGACUGUUCUGUAAAGCUCACUGGAAUUACAAUCAUGAACUUGGUUUUUUAUUCGGUACAAAUCUUGUUUGCAGUUCUCCAUCUGUCUUCUGUAGUACAGACUGCCCACAUACCCAAAGAAGGGGGGAAGAGCAAAAAUGACGUGAUUCCUUUCAUGGAUGUGUAUAAAAAGAGUGCGUGUAAGACACGGGAGAUGCUUGUAGACAUCAUCCAAGAGUAUCCAGACGAGAUUGAGCACACGUACAUCCCAUCCUGUGUGGUUCUUAUGCGCUGCGCAGGCUGCUGCAAUGACGAAGCACUCGAGUGUGUCCCAACAGAGACACGCAAUGUCACCAUGGAGGUAUUACGAGUUAAACAACGUGUAUCGCAGCACAAUUUUCAAAUGAGUUUCGCAGAACACACCAAGUGUGACUGCAGGCCAAAGGAAGAAGUCAAAGCAAAGAAAGAAAACCACUGUGAACCUUGUUCAGACAGAAGAAAACGCUUGUAUAUGCAGGACCCCCUCACCUGUAAAUGCUCCUGCAAAUUCACACAAUUGCAAUGCAAGUCCAGACAACUUGAGUUAAACGAAAGAACUUGCAGAUGUGAAAAACCAAGAUGAUGAGCAGUCCGCUGAGCAGAACACUGAAUGAAGGAAUUUCUUUCUACAGCACAGCACUUUUAAAACCUGAGGAUUCAUUCCCUGGACUUACUGAAAACAACACUCCCAACAAAAGACAGAGAUUGAAACGAGGGCAGGAGAUAUCAU